AUGACAGGUAGCAACCCAUAUGGAGGUUACGACCUGGUGAUAAGAGAGUUUGAACCAUCCGACAGUGAUGGAGUGAGGCGCGUAUGUUUUAAACACUUUCGUUCUUUGACAUUUCCUUCAGUCUUUUUUUAUUUAAGCCAGCAUCUGGCGGAUAUGAUUGCCUUGUUGGUAAUUGGAAAAGUGUUUAUGGACUUCAGGCAGCUGAUUUCAAUGUUAGUUUUAUUUUGCGUCUAUUUGACAGGUAGAUCUAUAUGGGAGGUUGAAACUUAUAUCAGGAAUUGUUGUACAGAUUUGAGGAAUGUACAUGAGCUCUAUAUGAUUUCCCCAGGAUAUCACUUUUGGGUGGCAGAGCUGGUUAAGAGGAAGAACUCCAUUAGAAAGAGAAGGAGUAUGGCUUUAGGGAGUGCUGGAAGCAAUUCUAGGGCGGAAGGAUUUGAGCAAAAUGAUAGUUUUUCGAAGAGUUUUGAAUGCGAAGAUAUACCAAGCAGUAAAAUGGAAGGAAAUGAAUCUAUCUUGGUUGGAUGUGUCGGUUUGGCUCCUUAUAGAGAUGACCCCAAAAUAGGUCGUCUUGUGAGGCUAGUUGUUGGGGUAGAAAGUAGGAGAAUGAGAAUAGGAACAAGGUUAUUGGCUCAGAUGGAAAAUUUUGCUAAGGAUUACGGAUACAAGGAAAUCCACUUAUAUACAAACAAUUUGAGUACUUCACCAAUUAAAUUUAUCAGUCAACAUGGGUAUCAACUAGUUCAGGUAAUCAGUAGAGGACUUAUGAGGGGUGAUUUGUUACUAUGGAGAAAGUCUUUUGAAAAAAGCAGCUCCGAUAAUUCCUACUUGAAUAAUGAGAGGAACAGUGUAGGAGAGAGAGUUAUUUUAGAUUAA